UGUUGGUGCGCUGUGCUUGCUGAUGCCGAUUUUGAUGUGGGCUGUUGCUGCAGCUCUUGCCACUUCUUCCUCUUCCUUCUCUUCCACCUCCUCCUCCUCCUGUUCCGAGUCUCCUUCCUCUCCUCUUCUUCCUUGCUUCCUGUUCCACCGACCUCACUCUGCCUUUUUCUGUGGCGGAUAUUGGACUGAAUAAAAAUGCUCGUGAUGUGUUUCUGCGCGGUAGAGGGCUUUCAUGUCUUGUCUGGAGGGAGUGAAGAGAGUGAAGGAGCGCAGGGUUGAGGUGUUGGAAUUGAGUGGAGGCUUGGGAGUUUGGUGCGAGGAGCUUUGGUAUAGGAGUGAGAUUGGAGGCUUCGGCUAUUAUGUGUGAGCGUAUGGCGAUCUUUGUUGGUGGGUUGGAUUGAAGGCAGUAGUAAGGAUUCUGUGUUGGGAGGCUUGGAUAUGUGUCGAUGCUUGUGAUGUGAUCUGGUCGUGUUCGUGGAGCUUUGGAUCGGAGGGAGCUUUAGGGUUGGGAAGCGGGAACUUGGAAGUGUGAGAGAGGUAGCAACUGAGGUGUUCUCGGAGGGGCAGAUGCUUUCUUGGUGCAGUGUAUGUUAUUCUUGGGUGAGCUACGUCGAUUUUGGAAGAGGGAGCUUUGCGGCUCUGAUUCAGGUAUGGGAGGUCUUCUACCAUGUUGGUGGUUCAAGGUAGUGCCUUGGGAUGCUUGAUGGAGGAGAUUUUCUUUGGUGAUUCGCUGCGGAUAGACGUCGAAAUUAUUUUUGAGAUUUCAGUGGGUGUAGUGGGUGCGGUGCGGAGGCGGUCCUGAUCGGCACUACUGGAGGUCGCCAACUUGGGCACGCAGAUCGGCUACGCCAAGUAAUUUACUGGGAGGAUCCGCUUGUGGUGCUGUGGACGGAUUAUUUUAGGUUUCUUUCGUAGUACGGGUGCAUAUCUGGCUCUUGAACUCGUGCAUCUUAUCCUUUUAGCAAAAGUUUUACCUGCUGCCUUCCACUUGAGGCAGCUUCCCCAUGAGACCGUAGUCCAAUUCUGCUCACUACUGUGGGUUUUUGGUCCUAAAUGGGUGGAACCUUAUUCGUCCAAUUGAGCUUCUUCAGGUUGUUGGGCGGGUACUGUAAGCCUGAACAUUUCAAAACAAGAGCAACUUUUAAUUUCGAGAGGUUGUCAGCGUUGAGAGUAGAGUGAUUGCUCAAAGGCUCAUCCGAAUUGAGCACUAUAACUGGACGCACUUGGGCACGUUUGAUGGUUUCAGUGCUUUUGAUGUUCUGAAUUAAAUGUUCUUGGAGCUUAUCCAGCUUAGUAUUUGGGAAGUUCCGGUGCUGCUAAAGUCUUAAUAACUUUCAGAGACUUCAGAAGAUGGGGUGCAAUAAUUCUAAGAUCGAUAACGAGGAGGGGGUUGCAAGAUGCAAGCAGAGGAAGCGCGUGAUGAGGGAUGUAGUCGCUUCUCGACACAACUUCGCAGCUUCACAUGUCAUGUUCAUAAAGUCUCUGGGUGAUGUUGGCGUAGCUUUCCGAGUAUUUGCAGAGGGAGAAACGACAAAGGAACAUAUAAUGUACUCGGAGGUGUCUACUCCGAGAACACCCACUCUGUCACUUGGACCUCCUCCUGCAACGCUACACCCUCCACCCCCCUUCUCUCCUGGGUUUUCGCCCUCUCCUCCUCCUCACUCACCGCCAUCACCUCAUGUCAAGCUCUCCGCACUGCGUUUUCAGAAUGGCUCGCCUAUUACAAGAGCAGUCAGUUCGCCGGAGAGUUUUGCCCAAGAAUUCUUUCCGCCUCCCCCUCCUCCUGUAGCUUUGAAAGAGCAUAGAAUGGAACACACUCCCUCUGCCAGCAUAACCAACAUAUAUAGGUUUAAUGAAGGGUCUUCUAACUCAUACAAGUCGUAUAGAUUGGAGGGUUCUCCGCCUCCACCACCCUUCCAACCUAUUCAAAUGGACGAUGAUUGGAAAUACUCUGGACGUAGAGCCCCGCCCUCAAAUGCUGCUAGAGAAAAUAACCCUCCCCCUCCUCCACCUGUCACUCGGAGUAGUUGGCAAGACUUGUUUAUGGAUCCAUUUCGGCCUUCACCACCAGUAUUCAAUUACAUGGAAGAGAGAAGGAAUCCAGAUGUGGGUAGUAAGCAGUCUCAGGAGAUAGAGGAGCAAAAACGUAGACAGGAAUCUGAACGGAAAAGGAACCAUGAGGCGGAACAUAGGAGGAUGAAAGAGGAAGAGCUGGGAAGGAAGCAUGAUAUUGAGCAGAGGAUUCAUGAGGAACGGAGGAAGGCUCAUGAGUUGGAAGAGAGGAGGAACCGGGAGCUUGAGCAAAGAAGGAGAGAGGAGAGCUCUGCUCGCCCGCCGCCUGUAAGGAUUGUGGAGGUCAAGCCGAAGAAUUUUGUGGACGAUAUACCGGAUUUAGAGGAGGAUGAUAUACCGGAGCUUGAGGAUGUUGACGAGGAUAUUGAUUGGCCACCUCCUGAGGACUUAGCUAAUGGGAAAAAUAUUCAUGCCGUCAAGAAACCGCAGUCAGCACCAGAACCGUCACCGAAACGAGCUCCGGAACCAUCACCGAAACCAGCACCAGAACAGUCACCGAAACCAUCACCAAAACCAAUACCUGAACCGCCACCGAAACCAGCUGCAGAGCUCUCACCGGAACCAACACCAGAAAAGAUACCUGAACCAGUGCCAAAACCAGCAGCACCAAAACCAGCAGCACCUGAGCCGGCAGCAUCUGAGCCAGCACUACCGAAAUCAGUACCAGAACCAGUACCAGACCCUAAAACUCCGCCAAAGACCCCGUCACAGACCCCACCGAAAUUUCAGGAGCCACCACCUAAGGCAGGAAAGGCAGCGAAAACGCCAGGGAAACCUCCGAAACCUGAAUUCUCAAUCGCGAAGACCAACAAGGAUUUGGCUGUCUCAAAAGCGGAAAAGGGUGGCCGGGACCUGCUCGAAGUUCUGAAGGAGGUUGAUGAGUGUUUUGUAAAAGCUGCGGAGAGUGGGGAAAUUGUGUCGACUCUUCUUGAUACGAAGAAAGCACAUUACCAUUCAAAUUUUUCAGACAGUUUGAGAGGAGUGGGUGAAUCCGCAAGGAUGAAUCUCUUGAGGCUGUCUGGAAAAUCAGGGUCAUCCAGUUUUAGGACCACCAGUAACCUGAGUAGUUUGAGUAACACGAGUGUUUUAAACGAUGAGUCUCCAAGCAUUAUGAGUAUUCGUAGAAGUAUAAGUAACUUGAGCAGUGCAAGAUUUGCCGAAGAGUGUGGACCCCCUACUCAUGCAUCGACACUUGAUAAAUUGUUCGCUUGGGAAAAGAAACUUUACUUGGAAGUCAAGGAGGCGGAGGCUCUUAGAGUAGAGUUAGAGAGGAAGUUUUAUUUGUAUAGGAGUCAGGAUGCAAAGAAUGAAGACCCUGCCAUCAUUGACAAAACCCGCUCGUCUAUUAAAACCCUCCAAACUCGUAUGGCCGUAGCUGUUCACGCUGUAGAGAGCGCUGCACAGCAGGUGCAGAGGCUAAGGGACGUAGAAUUAUAUCCACAGCUUGUGGACUUACUGGAUGGGUUGGGAACCAUGUGGAAGAAUAUGUCUCAAGCACACCAAGCUCAGUUACGAGCAGUAGAGACUAUGAGAAGGUUAGAUAAUUCUGCUGCCUGUGAACCAACUACAAGUUUUCAUCGCCAGGCAACCCUCAAUCUGGAACAAGCACUAAACAAGUGGUCAGAAGGUGUGUCGAGAUUUGUAAAUUCGCACAAAGAGUAUUUGAAGAAUUUGACAUUAUGGUUAAAACUGACUUUACAGCAAUCUUCGAAUGAUGAAGGAGACAGUCGGAGUGGGUCAAGAUCACCCUCACGAUCUCCAAGGUCUUCUUCUUCAGAAGGUAUGAUUGGAAGCUCUAUUUAUGAUCUUUGCCAACGUUGGGAAGAAGCGUUAGCGCUGUUACCCCAUCAAGUCGUGUUGGAGGGCAUAGGAUCAUUUUCAUCGGUGGUGCGUGAGAUGUUGAGACUACAAUGGGAAGAGCUGCGAAUAAAGAAAAGAGUUGAAAAUUACCAAAAGGAUCUGGAGAGGCGAGAGCUAGCUCUGCACACAGUUGCUUCGAAAGAUCCAGGUCCAGGAUUUCACGAUGGAAGCAGGUCCCAAACUUUAACAUUGAGGUCCCCCACGACUACUUCUGGUAGUGAUGCGGAUGAUGGGCGUUUCGACAUGGUCGUAAGCUCAGGCUUUUCAGAACGAAGUGAAGUCGCUGAGAAGCGACUCAAAUUCGAAGCUGCGAGGAGGAAGUAUGAAGCUGAGCUUGAAGCUGAAAGGAAAGCCUACACAGAUACUCGAGCUUUUACCCUCAGCAGUUUGCAGUCUGGUUUGCCACAGCUCUUUCAAGCUGUUACUACCUUUGCUAACAGUGAAGCCGACAUCUAUGACCAAUUGAGUACGGCGCAUUCCUUACUCAAUAAGUAAUCUUCCUGUUUUUCUUCCUCAACAGAAGGUCCUUAUUAAGGUUCGGCUUCCAUCAGAGACUAUCUAAGGGACAAUGCCAAAUGCAUUUUUUAGACCCUUGGAGGACACGGUUCAGCAGUUAUUUUUUUCAAUAGCUUAGUUUUACAGAUGCUGCUGCUGUACUCAUUACUCGAUUUUAGGUCCCUGCCUUCGCGUGAAUUUUUAAGUUAGCGCUAAGGCCAGGUGAUUAUAGUCUGCGAGAUGUAUAUCACUGUCACUCUAAGCUCAAGAGGAAUAAACAGUUCCAUUGUCGGAUGUAACACAGUUCUAUCUUAAGGCUUCAUCAUA